AUUAUAAAAUUACCUCUGUCGAAUUGUUUUCCAUUUGGAUCUAUGUCUUUCACAUUGAAUAUAUCUUCAAAUACCAUUCCUUGGGCCAUUGUAAUUUAAAUUAUAAUUACUAUUUCUACUACAAAAAUUAAGAAGUCAAACCGCUAAACUGCACGUAGUUGUUAUCAACAUAAAAAAAACAUAAGAAAAUGAUAACAAAUGUAAAUAUUUAGAACGCGGUUUAAGAUAUAACAUAGGACUUCAUCAAAUAACCUCAAAUACGCAAAAAGUGUAAUAUAUGUUAGGUAUAUUGUUAUUAUUGUUAUAAAUGUUCCUUGAUGUUUAUUAUUAUUAUAUAUGUACAGUAAACACGCCGAAUACGGGUAUUGGGCAUUGACGUAUAUCUACGUUUUUAUGGCUGUCGAUUGUCAUUUGUCGACUGUCGAGUAUUUGAGUAGUCGAGUGUUGAGUAGUGACUAGUUUGUACCUACCUGAUUGUCGAAUGUCGUUUGUUGUUGCCCGUUAGAGAGGGUCUCGAUUUUUAUAUUAAAUUCUACAAUAAGCCUACAACUCCCUAGGCUACUUUAAUUACGUACCUCUUAAUGGCUAUGCUUCCACCUCGGAAGUCGAAGACCACAUCAACUGGAAAUACUAGUAAACAUGCAAUGACGCCCCUUCAAACUCUUUUACAAAUGGGGUUCCCUCAAAAUCGAGCGUAAGUUCAACAAUUUAAUACAAAUAAAUAUACAUUAUUUAAAUAUUAACAUUUAUAUCUAUAGGGAAAAAGCAUUAGCUGCGACUGCCAAUCGAGGAGUUCAAUUAGCUGCUGACUGGCUCUUGGCUCAUGUCAAUGAUACUGCUUUAGAUUCUAGCACUAGCAGAGAUUAUAUCAUAUAUGCUUGUCCCAGUGGAUCAUUGUUAUAUGAGCUUAGAGAAUUUUGGAAUAAAUCUGCUAGCAAAUGUGGUCGUAAUGGAGCUCAUAAUUUUUUGCCACAUAUUACUUUGAUAUCCUUUUUUCAGGUACUUAUUAAUUAUUUACUUUAUUGUUUAAUUGUUGAAUGUAUAGAUACUGAAUAAUAAACUGUAUCAAACAAGUAGAUAAUAUAUUUUACAAAUUAUUUUUAUAGGUACCUGAUGAAUAUGCUAAUGCAUUAGUGACUAUACUGAAAAAUGUUUUAGAUGAAGUCAUCAAAGAAAUGGCAGUCAAUGACUUUCAUUUGGAAACUUACACUUCAUCAAAUUUUAUGGGAUUUUUUUUAUCUGAUCAUGGAUCAAACUUUUUAAAAAAAAUAGUUGUGUUAUGUGCAGAAAGAAUCUCCAAUCUUGGUAAAUAAUAGCCUUUUUUGUAUUUUGUAUUUCAAUGAAUAAUUUUUUUAACACUCAUGUGUCUGGUAAAUAAAAAUCAGGUUGUUGUCUCUUGGAUAAGUAUUAUUUUACUGAAUGAUGUAGGUAUAUAGGGUUUUAAAGUAGGUAUGAAACAAAAUAUUAUGUAAUAUAAUAUUUGUUUAUUGUUUAUAUUUAUUAUAUAAGUCAUUAAAAGAAAAACUUUAAUUUAAGUAAUUUCUGAUUCAAAAAUGUUUCUCUAGUUGGAGUACAAAUAGAUCCUCAUUUGAAGUCUUUACAUUUAACUUUGGCUUACCAAUUUGAUGUGAGCCAAAAAGAAACUUUAAAGUCAUUGAUCAAAUCUACAAUAAAUCCAUCUACUCCUUGCUUAUGGGAACUGAAAUUGUAUUCUAGAGAAGCAUCAUCAGCUUUCAAACAGGUUUAAUUUAAUAUUAUAACUAUUUCUCUUUAUUUGUAUUAUUAACUUAAAUUUAUUACACUAUAAUUGUUUCUCAAAAUUAAUAAGUAUCUGUUUUAUUUUUUAAAUGUCAUAUCUUUAAUAUUUUUAUAUCAUAAUCAUAUUAUUAUUAAAUAAGGAAAUAAAUGUAUAUUAUAAUAUUAUGUACUUUUGUUUUAGGUUUACAAGGUUGUUUAUGCACAUGUACCUCUAGCUGCUGAUGAAUUAGAAUUAAGAAUAGGUGAUUAUAUAUACGUAUCUAAAGAAGCCAUAGAAAAUUCUGUUGAUGGUUGGGCUGAAGGAACUUCCUGGUUAACCGGUAAUAAAUAAAAUAUCUUAUAAAAUAAUAACUAUAUGUUAUAAACUAAAGUUUAAAUAUUUUAGGGUGUAAUGGUUAUUUUCCAUUAUGCUACACUGAGCGCACUGCCGAAUCUGAUACAUGGACUUUGCAUUGGUGAAAUUGAAUAUUAAAUUAACUAUUACAAUAAUUUUUAAUAUUACCAUUUUCAUAUUAUUUUUACAGUUCUUUACCCUUAGAUGGUAGCUACCAAGAAACAAAUGAACUUAAUGAUACAAGUAUGACAGAAGAAAAAUUAGUUGAAAAAUAUGGUACUACUUUUAUUCCAGUUGACUACAGUCCACUAACAGAAUCUCCGAAAGGUCCCAAACCUCGAAAAAUAUAUAUUUGUCGUCAUGGCGAAAGAGUAGAUUUCACUUUUGGAACUUGGAUACCUUACAGUUUUGAUUCUGAUGGAAAAUAUAUUAGAAAAGAUUUAAAUAUGCCCCUAAUUAUACCUCAACGCCGUGAUUUUCCAAAUUCUUACCAAACAGAUACCCCUUUAACUUGUGUAGGCGAACACCAAGCUAAAUUGACUGGAUUGGCCAUGAAAGCGGCUCAUUUAACCAAAUCAAUAAAACAUGUUUAUUGUUCACCAUCCUUACGUUGUAUUCAAACUUGUCAUAAUAUAUUAGUUGGUUUGUAUUAUUAUUUUAUAUAUUUAUAAAAGUAUUAAUAUUUAUUUUUACAUAGGUCUUGAUAUUGAUAAACAAGUAUCAAUUUGUAUUGAACCUGGUAUAUUUGAAUGGCUUGGUUGGUAUAAUCAAUCUGGACUACCUGAUUGGAUGAAUAAUGAGGAGUUAAUAGCUGCUGGUUAUAAUAUUAAUUCCAAAUAUGAUGCUCUAGUAUCAUUACCAUUACUCAUUUCAAACAUAACGGAAACAGUUGAACAGUAUUAUGUUAGGUGUGAUGAAGUAAUGCAAAAUAUAGUCAAAACAACUGAACCUAAAGGUAACUGCAAAAAGCCCAUUUGAAAAAAUGCCUUUUUAAAAAAAAAAUAUGUAUAUUUUUGGUUUAAUAGGUGGUGAUAUUUUGCUGGUAGGCCAUGCUUGUUCCUUGGACUCUUUAUCAAGACCGCUACUUCACAAAUCCCCGCGUAGUAAACAAAAUUUUGUAAAAAUGGUAAAAGAUAUCCCUUAUUGUGGUUUAGUAACAUUAAUGACUGAUGGAAUUAAUGACUGGGCAUUUGUAGAUCCUCCAGUACCACCUUUAACUAAUUCUACCAAUAAAAGAUUUAAUUGGAAAAUUUUAACCACUGACCAAGGAGAUUCCAAUAAUUAAGAGAUUUACAAAACUGACUUUUUUAAUAUACAGCCUUAGGACUAUUGUUAAACAUUUAUAAUAUUCUGCUGAAUUUGAUUUAACUGUUAGCUAAGCUAAUAGGCAGUUUGGUUUUCAAAUGUAACAUCCCCAUUUAUUAGGCUAGUGGCUAGUAAAAAUGUUAUCAAAUGUUUAUCCGUCCAAUUAAUACCACAGAGUAUUAAAAUACAGUUUGUUUUUGUUUUGUUUUUUUUUUUUCGUUAGACUUAGUUUAAUUCAAAACUCGCAUACAAAUGUAAGAGCAUUGUUAAAAAAUCGGUGUAUUAUUAUUAUUAAGUACAUAAAAAAAAAAGUAUAUAAAAUACAAAUUCACCUAUCACUACCUGGAACCUAUUUUUAAAUACAAAAUAUAAAUGGCUUGAAACAUCAAUUAAUAAAAAUAUCUGUCACGACAAGGCACUAAAUCAAUAAUUUCAAAAUCCUUGGUAUUAUAAUAAAUAUAAUAUAUUAUACACAAUGUAUAUACUUCUAUAUUUUUUUAAAGCAGAUACAGUUUUACAAUUAGAUUACACAGAAAUUAAUUAAUUAAAUUAUUUCAAUGGUAAUUGUUAUUAAUCACUUGACUACUAAAAUAUGUACUUAAUGUUCCUAGGUCAAGAUGAUUAUUUAUUCCAAGACAUUUUUUUAUUUUAUAUUAUUUAAUUUUUAUGUCUGUUUUCGUUAGAAAUUAUCAGGUAUUUUACAUUUAAGAUUCUCAAAUUAUUUAUAUUAAAUUGUUCUAUUUAAGUUUGAGACUAGUAAAACCUUUGUUUACAAACAUCUUCUAAAAGUCGACACUUUCCGUUCUCCUGACAAAAAUAUGUGUAAAAGAUAUAACAUUUGUCUAACACAUAAUAUAGAAAUUCAAAUUAAUUUGUAGACCUAAAUCAUUUUGGUUAAUGUAGUGAAGUGAUAAGAAUUCUUAAAAUGGAUUUAAACUUAGCGUUAAGUGUACAUUCUCGUUCAUUCCUAACCAUUCUCAUUUACAAUUUACAUUUUUCAGAAAUCAAUAACAUUUCUUGACAUUGAUUGGAUUGAUUUUAUCUUAUUUUUUCUGAUUAAUUAAUUAAAUAUAUAUUUAAAUUUUAUUUAUUUUAAACAUAAUACAUAUAUAUUUUUAUGUCAUACUUAAAUAAUUCGUAAUUUUAUUUCGCCCUAAUAGUUAAGCAAUUCAAUUGUUGAGUCACAAUUUUUAAAUUCCUAAUUAACUGUCCAUAAUCAGAGCUUUCACUGUGAUACAGUAUUAAAAUCCACUCGUAUGAUAAUAGUAAUGAUAUAACAUAAAACAUAAUCAAUAUAAUAUGAACUUAAAAAAACCAAUGUAUACUUCAAUUAAUGUAUUAAUUUCAUAAAAUAAAUUUUGUUAGUCCAGUUGUAUUCAAGGUGAUUCUUGUAUAAACUUUGAUCUGUUUUGGUAAAACCCUUAUGGUUAUUGUUUUACCAGGUAUUCAAUUGACUCUGGUAUCUUCCCAUCUAUCUUUAAACUUGGCAAUAUGAAAGUCUGGCGAUUCUACAAAUGUCUCAAACUAUUGUCCAAUAACAAUCCUACCUCAUUUAUUCAAGUUAUUUAAAACACUUGUUCCUAAUUCGAUUUGCUCGUCUUUGAAUCAUAUUGUGGUAGAUGAGCAACACAGCUUCCAUCCUGGUAGAUUUAUUGUUAUCUGUAACUUUGUUCUUUACUAAUACAUAUUUGAUUCUUUUUACAAUAACUACUAAGUAGACACAAUCUACACUGAUUUUUCUAAGGCUUUCGACCGUGUUGGUCAUAAUCAUCUUAUGUCAACACUUGACUUUAUAGGCAUCGGUCAACCUCUACUUUCAUAGAUUCACUCAAAUAUUACACUUAGGAUGCAAUGAGUAAAUGUUGACUCCAUUUCUUCAGACUAUUUUUCACCCUCCUCAAGAAUACCACAAAGGACAGCACCUUGUGGUACACAAAGUGCUGUCCUUUCACCGCUUCUGUUUACCCUAUCUGUCAGCCGCUUCCGUCCUGCGACCGGCCAAACUCCUUAUCUUUGCUGAUAUGAAAAUCUUCUGUAUCAAAUCCAUUUCCAAUUGUUAUCUUCCAAACAACCUUCAAUGAUUAGUGACAUGCGGAGAACUUUUACGACUUGCUCUUAAUAUCCUCCCAAAUGCUCAGUAAUACCCCCUUGAAAAUUUCUAAUAAUUCGGUGAAGGACUUAGGAUUUACACUUACACAGAACCUGUGCCCCAAUAUACAUAUUCAGAUAAUCUGUUGUAAGGUUCUUAAGCUACUAAGCUUCAUAAAUUGUGUUUCAGCAGAUUUCACUUUCUCACCUCAUUAAACAUCCUGUUUUGUUCCUUAGUUCAUCCUAUUCUUGAGUAUGGUAUCGUACUCUGAACCUGUUCACCAUUUUUGCUCAUCAUCUGAUUAAAAGGGUCCAAAGAAAAUUUCUUCAUCACACUACUUAUUAAUUAAAUGUAUCUUGUCCACCUCACGACUACACACCAAUCCAAAAAAUUAUUUUCUUUGCUGUCACUCAAUAAAUAUAUCCUUCUUAUCGAAUCUACUUUCAUCCAAAAUCAACAGCCCUAAAUCACUAUCUCAUGUUUCUUUCAAUGUCCCCUGCCGCCGUACACAAUCAUCUGUUCCAUUCCAUAUUUCGUUGUCUUCCUCAAAUACUCAACUCUCCUACCAUCCGUCUUAUGAGCAUUGCCAAUACUAACCUUUCUUUCUCCCUCUUACACAAAGCCUAGUUUUUAUUAAGUGUUUUAUUGUUAUUAUAUUCAUAUCUAAUGAGUUUGUUCCAUUCUAUAAAAUAAAAUAAAUAUCAUAAUAUGUUUCUAAACUUCAUUUGUGUAAAACAAGACAUAUCUCAGAAUUUUAUUUAAAAUAUAAAAUUAGCAAAGCAAUUGUAGUUAAAAAAUAUAUCUGUUGUAUGUAUUAUGUUUUACUUAAUGAAAAAAAAAAUGAAUUAAACAAAAACAUUAGUUUUACAACAAUUAAUUAUUGACGUAUAGAAACUUCAAUUUCAAUUUGAGCAUGAAAUACCCUUGCUCCUUAUACAUGUAUAGUGCUCAUUAAUAUUUUUUUAAAGAUCUAAAAUUGGUUAGUUCUUAAUUUUCAAUUUCAAAAUAAUUUUAGUUUUGCCCAUUUCAGUCAAAAUUUUCAGUGUGUAAAUGUAUGUACACAAAAAAAAAAUGAAUUGCAAAGAAUUUUAUAUCAAUCAGACUUAUCAGAUAAUCUUAGUUAACCCUUAUUGUUGGAUCCCAUGCCAACUUGAAUAUUAAGUUUGAACUUUUUACAUUUUACUAUAUUUAUAGAUAUUUUAGACAUUUCCCAUUUAUUUCAUGAACCAUUUAGGGAGGAAAUGAUAUGUAUAUGUCCAAUACAUUUUUAAACAUUUAAAUUCUAGUGUAGUAAAGAAACUUUUUAUGUUAUUAAGAUGUGUUAGAAAAACACUUUUAAUGAGUGAAAUACUUUUUUUUGAAAUUUUCAUGCAUUUUUGAACUACUUUGCAACAAUCACCCAAAUAUGCAAAAUAAAAUUUGGCGUUUAAAUUUGAUGUGAUAUAAAUAAUUGUUGACAUUUUGAACUAAUGUAGAUGUGCACACGUUAUAAAUAAACAUGCAAUUGCAUAUAAUUCCUAAUUAUAACUAUGCAAAAUAAAUAUUUUAAGAGAUAUGACUAGUUUGAAGAGGUACCUCAUUUAUUCUAUAGAAAAAGAAAAUGUUAAGAAAAUCCUAUUUAUAUUUUUCAGGUAUUACUAUUAGUGUUAUUGCUAUUACUAUUACUCUGUUAUAAUAAAUUAAAUCAUUAAAUAGUUUUGUUUUUUUUUGUAUACCUAAUACAUUUAUACUUUUUAGUUAACAAUUUACAUUAGUAAAUUUUUGUUAAAUUUAUAUGUAGAUAGAUUUGUUCCAGUAAAAACAAAAGGAAUUAUCUGUUCACUUAAUGUAUUCUAAUUUAUUUUAAGCCGAUUUUAUCAUUUAAAACAAAAUGUGCA